GGUGGAUGUUUGGCUGAAUUGCGUUCUCUGUUUACUUUGCUUUUCUCUCUCGCGUAGUGCGAAUCGUAGGAACAACGGUUUUACCGAACGACAUCCGGUAACCGGAAGUUGUAGUGCUGUGGUGAGCGUGUGAGCGCCGAACACGAAAUUGCCUAGCGGCGUACCAAAUCGCCCUAAACCGCUAAGGGAAAAAUACACAGUGUGCCAACGAAUAUUAUCGCCAAAAAAUUUCCGUUCGAAUCUAAGCAAGAGUGACAGAGUGUGUACGAGAUGGCAGAAAACAAAGGAAUGUUGCUGGCAAAAUCCGUCCAGAAACAUGCUGGCCGCGCCAAGGAAAAGCUUCUACAAAAUCUCGGCAAAGUCGAUCGGACGGCAGAUGAAAUUUUCGACGAGCAUUUGACAAACUUUAACCGACAGCACACCUGUGCCACUAGGCUGCAGAAAGAGUUCAGCAACUACAUCAGAUGCGUUCGUGCCGUACAAAAUGCCUCGAAAAGCCUAAUGGAUGCCAUAACCGAAGUAUACGAAAGCCAGUGGACCGGUUCGGAAGUGCUGUACGGUCAGACCAAAACCAUCGAUACACAGUACCAGCAGUUUUCGUACAAGCUGGCCGAUCAGGUGCUGAAGCAGCUGGACACCUACGCGUUACAGUUUCCGGAAAUGAAGAAAAAGAUCGACAAGCGUGGCCGUAAGCUGGUAGACUACGAUAGCCAGAGGCAUUCUUUCCAGAGCCUGCAAGCGAAUGCCGCCAAGCGCAAGGAUGAUUUGAAGGUUACACGAGGCCGCGAACAGCUGGAGGAUGCAAAGAGCACAUACGAGGUGUUGAAUUCCGAGCUGCACGAUGAACUGCCGGCCCUGUACGACUCUAGAAUACUGUUCCUGGUGACGAACUUGCAGACGUUGUUCGCCUGCGAACAGCAGUUCCACAGCGAAACGUCAAAGGUGUACGCCGAUUUGGAGGCGAUCGUCGACAAACUGGCCACCGAAUCCCAGCGCGGUUCUUACACGCUGAAGAAGAUCAAUGCUAACUCAAAUCCCUCUAGCCCUCAGCAGUCACCAGUGAAAGCGAAUUUAUCGAUUGUGAACAAUGUCACUAACGGUUCGGCCAAUGCUAACGGACAUACCUCCGCGCAAAAUGUGCUCCCGUCGCCGAGAACGCCAUCGCCCCAUCAGCAGGAACAGCAGGAAGACGAUGAACCGUCCUAUCAGAACACGGAGGUGGUAAAGGCAGCUGCCGCCGCGGCCAAAACACCAACGCCGAACGGUACGGCUGCCGGUGGCGGUAGCGCAAAGCACGAACCGGAGCUGAACGGCAAUAAUGCGGGCACAUCGGCACCGAAGGAAAAUGGCCACCAGCAGCUGCCGGAGGCGGUGACGGAAAGCACACCGGCCACCACCACAAACGGUACGCUUCAUCCUCAUCCGCAGUCAUCCACUAAUCAGCUUCCAACACCACCACAACAAACCGACCAACAAACGCACAACAGCACGACCGCCAACGGUGGCAUCAACACCAUCAGCAGUAACGCUCGGAUGGUGCCGGAAAAUGGGGUGCCGGAACGUAAACCACCCACCAAUGUAACGGUGGCACCGAAAACGGAUGUAACCGCCGCUGCUGCUACUGCUGCUGAUGCUGUUGCUGCUAGUGCUAAUGCUGAUGCGGACGAUCAUCCAACGCCCACUACUACCGGCGCAGCUGUUUCACAAACAAGUGCAACGACAACGGAAUUACCACCGGGCGUUUUGUAUCGCGUGAAAGCUACGUACAAGUAUGUGCGGGAAGAUGUCGACGAGUUGAGCUUCGAGGUUGGCGACGUUAUCAAUGUGGUCGAGUACGAAGAUCCGGAAGAUCAGGAGGAAGGAUGGCUGAUGGGUACGAAGGAUGGCUCAACCGAGAAGGGCAUGUUCCCAGCCAACUUUACCCGGCCUCUGUAAUGGCGCAACCAACCGGAGGCCAGCCCGCCCUCCCGUUUGGUCGGACCGGACUCGGAUAAAAUAGCAGCGUUUUAAAACCUUCGAAUCCCGCGCUUACCAAAUGGCCAGCUGAUGCACACUCUCAAAAAAAAAAAACCGCCCAACCGCCAUCUUCCAGCGCCAACUCCCCGGACCGGACCGACUCCAUUCAUCCAUCAACGCGCGUUAGGCAUUCGAAAAUUAGCAGGCCCACACACACAUUGCGCCGUUUAUCGUCUUAAUCGAGCUAGUAGCCAUGGGAAAAAGGGCUUUUCAUUUGUACCGGAAACAGGUGCAGUGGAGGGGGGAGGGCGUGUCUUUCCUCUCCCCGCCCACCAUCACAAUUCACAUCCUCAACACAUCCUCCGACAUAGCCAGUUAGUCAUCCGUGAUUUGACAGUGUCAAAGCGAGAAGCGUAUGCGAGAGAGAGAGAGAGAGAAAAAAGGAAGAAGAGGUAAUCAAAUCAGCAUAGAAGAUCUUUCCGGAAGGUUUUCAAAUUACUUCACGUUUCGAGUAGCGAAUAAUGUUGUGUAUCGUAUUUUUUUUUUCUUGGCGAGUAGCGAAAUCAGCGCCAGGAUUGCUGCAGGCAUACACACACACAAAGCUGGGAGGGGAUUAGUAGCUAGUGUAUGUCCUCAAUACGUAUGGUGGAACACACUGAAUGGUAGUAGUGACAGGCACCGUUUUGUUGUUGUUUUUAAUUUUUGAUUUCUUUCAUUUUAUCAUGAGAGCGAGAGAACGAGGCAGCAGAACACGACCCUUAAAAAUGCUGGGUCUUUCCCGGCCACCCCCAUCCCGCGGAUAGGGUAAUCAACAACUGCAUUACUAUUAACAGCGCUAAAACAAAAACUAAUGCGACUACUAAUCGGUUUUGCGUGGGGUGCGUGUGCCACCGUACGCACGCACCCGCUCGAGUCAUCAUCUAAUCAUCUUACUGGUCAUCCUCGAUUCGUGUGUUGCAUCAUUCAUGAUCACGGGGGAGAUUGCAAAACAAGAAAACUGCGAACUAAUGAAUAAAGUGUGCCUUUUUUUUAGUAAACAACAAGAAACAAAGGAAGAAGCAAACGUACUGGUUCGGAAGUAAAAACAAACACACACACACACAUACACAGAAGCGCAAAAAUUGGGCAACUAACGAAUGUAUUUUUUGUUUUUGUUUCGUUUUAAGUAAGCUGUUAUCGUCUCGUUAUUUUAUGUUAUUAAAUUACAUCGUUUACGCAGUUUCUUCCUUUCUUUCUUCUAUUGUUUGUCUGUAUUUACGACAACCCCUGCUUUCCUUCCUUUCACGGCCGCAUGUAGGAUGUAGUUCCCCGUUUUAACCGAGGUUUUUUUGUUUAACUUUCGAAUAAAUAUUUCAUGUGCAUUAAAUAAAACCAACCCAACCGACCUUACACAUCCUAACAUAUUAGCGUCAGAAGGAAGCGUACCACUGGUACGUACAAGGAUGAGUUUUCGCGUUUUGUGUAUUUAUGGUAGUACAGGCGAAAGGUUAGAUGAAAUGGUAGAUUAGCGUAUUUCAUCUACUGGAUGAGAGAACCACACUACCCGGACAGUUAGAGACGUAAGCGAUGAAACAUUAUCGAGAGAAAGAAAUAAAUCAUUUUGUUUGCGAUAUUCUGA